UGCCAAUCUUUAUUAAAAAAAAAAAAACAAUUCCAAAAAAAAAAAAAAAAAAACUCUUCUUUUUGCACUAACGAAAAGUGGUUGGUUUGUUUUUCUUGUAGUGUGUGUUACCAACUUCCAAUUCCAAAUCCAAACACACACAGAAUCUAACCAGAGAAAGAGAGAUGGCUACUUGGGAACAAAUUGAACUUUCAGAAAGAUAUCUGGUGUGUUGUAUGUUUGAAGAAGCAGCAUCUUUAUCUUCCUCAAUUAUUGAGCAAUUGGUUGAGAAAAAUGGUAAAACUAAUGAAGAAGACAAUUGGGAGUUGUUGGAAUCAGCUGGCAUGGUUUUUGUGCAGUCCUCCAAAGAGCUUGGAAGGACAUCAGAAAUACUGAAGCAGCUGGUACUGCUAUUUGGUUCAGUCACUGCUAUUCCUGCCCAAGUUUUCCUUACUGGGUACCUCAUUUCUUGGACAUGCUAUUUCCACAAUAAUUGCACUUCUUCCUUUAGCACAGAUGAUCAUCCUCGUGAAUUUGAUGUUUCAGUGUUUCACAACUUUGUGGUCGAGGUGUGUCUCCAGAUACCAGAUGGCCCUUCUGCUGAAGUUCAAGAAAUUCUACAGGAAUUCCUUAGAAAGUGGAAACAUGUUGAUGGAAAGUAUUAUACUGUUGCAAGCAUGGAAGCUGAUGUACCUAACAUUGAAGAAUUCAGCAAUCAGAUUUCCCUUGGCGUUGAUAAGUACCUGCAAAUUGUUGAGCUCUAUGUGAUAACCUUCUUGGGGAGGUUUAUAGGAAAUUUAGAUCUUGCUAUCUCUUGGGUUGAGAAAGCCGCUCUACCUGAGGAGAAGAGGCAGGAUCUUUUGAGGCGGUUGCAUUCAAUGAACACUUUAAAGCUUGGCAGUUCUUCGCAGUCCUCGGAAUUACCGCUCCAAGUAGAUGAAUGUACAACUGAUUCCACUGCCCUGAUUGAAGAAACAUCAUGCAAUGGAACAGCCAAUAUAUUGGAACACAAAGACCAGUCUAAGGGGGAGAACACCACUAAACAAUCACUUAUGGAGUUAUCUAGACGGAGAACUCCAUUUUGGUGGUUUCGUACCAUCACUUUGAAGUUCGGAAGCAGUCGCUUGGUUUUAUCAAAUGGAAGCAUCUUUCUUGGUUUUCUGGCAGCACUUGUGUACUAUAUUCUGCGGAGAAAACAAGCCUCUUUAUGGAGCGUUCUUAAGAGACAAGCUUCAUCUACGAAGAAGGCUUUGGUUGACUUCUGGCAGCUUGCAUUCUCGUAUCAAGUGAACCCUCUUGCUGCUGUUCAACCACUCCCACCUGCAACGCGUGGAAGCCGGUGAUGCACAAUUUUGUUCCUCAUAGUUGCUCAAAACAAGAGCUGUUACUUGUAGAUAAAUAAAAGAUUACUGAAGAGAUUGCUUCUAUCAUCUUAAAUUGGAGUGGACCAUCCAGCAAUCUAUUUAUAAUAUAAAGCUAGGCAUAGACAAGGUGAUGUGGCACCUCUCUAUGACCAGCAUUUGCAUUUA